AUGCAAAGCUUCCCUCAAACCAAAAGACCAGAGGAUUUAAGAUUUUAUACGAAUCGGGCUGCACAUCUUCAUCUGAAUGGCAAAAAACGAUUUUUUAUGCAUAAAAAUUCAGUUUCUCCAGAUUAUGCAUUAGCUCAAGAUGAUUAUACAAAUUUUUUAAUUAGAAGUGCGAGGAUGGAUAUAAAUCAAAUUAAAGAUAACCCGAUGCUUUCACCUUCACGGAUAAGCGGAAGUAUACAAAAUUUUGAAGAUUAUGAUAAAUUUACUCAAAGUAGAUCGGUUUCACAAAUGGAAUCACCAGUAAGAAAAAUAAAAAUAAGUGAGAUUGGAAUUCAGACUGAAAAAAAUAAAGAAAGUUUAAAUGAAAGAGAAGAAACUGGUAACCUUUAUUUAAAUUUGAAACCUAGUCCUAGUCUUAACGCAUUACCCACAUUUAAUAAACACGAAAAGCACCGCAGGAAUACAGUAAGAAAUGAUUUUUCCAGUCCAAUUAGUCCAUAUGCAGCUGCUGACCAUACAAUCACCAAUAAGAAUAAAGAAGAACAAAAUAUUUUUUAUCAGCAAACCCCAAAACAUUAUCAGCAAUAUAAAAUAGGUUAUCAAAACCCUUUCCCUAAUAUCCCAGCUUCAGAUACCCUAAAAUUUCAUAGCGAAUCUCCAUAUCAUUCUCCCAAUGCCAACCAAAUUUUUAGGCCUCAGAACCAAUUAAUUUCAAAUAAUCAAAGUAACGUUAACAAUUUCUCCAGUAACCUUUCAAACUUCGGCUCAAUGCUUAUAAAGCCUACCAAUUUUAGAUAA